AUGUUGACAAAGAUAUUAAAUAAUUUUAAAUCUAUUAAUAUAAGGUUUUUUACAAGACCAGGUUGUUCAUUAUGUCAGUCUGCCAAAGAAAUAAUAUACCCAGCAGUUGAGGAAGAUUUUCCAACAAAUAGAUUCACAAUUGAAGAAAUUGAUAUUGAUAAAGAAAAUAAUAAACAAUAUUUUGAUAAAUUUAAAAAUGAUGUACCAGUUGGUAUGAUUGAUCAAAAAAUUAUAUUUAAACAUAGAAUAGAUGAAGAUAAAUUAUAUUAUGAUUUAGAAACAAUUUUAAGACAACAAAUUAAAAAAGAAAAAGAAGAAAAAGAAUAA